GCCUGGCAACCUUUGGCAGCGAGGGCGGCCCGCUCGCUGGGCUGAAGCGCGCGCGGCGCCAUGCGGACGGCCCGCGGGGCGAGAGGCCGCAUCCCGGCGCUCCGUCCUCGAGCGGCCACCACCGAGAUACCACGGGCAUAGUCACCGCCUUUGUUCCAGCCGCGCCCCCCACGCCGCCUGGCCUGGCAGUCCCGCCGUGGGUCCCGGCGCUCGUCGGCUCGCGCGGCGCGGAUGCGGCUGUGGGCCGGGCCUGGAGCGGGCGGCCGUGAUGGGCAACUGCUGCUGGACACAGUGCUUCGGGUGGCUCCGCAGGGACGCAGGGCGGCUGCCGCGCGGCGGAGGAUCCAAAUAUUUUAGAACAUGCUCAAGAGGUGAGCAUUUAACUAUAGAGUUUGAGAAUCUGGUAGAAAGUGAUGAAGGGGAAAGCCCAGGAAGCAGUCAUAGGCCUCUCACUGAGGAAGAAAUUGUUGACUUAAGAGAGAGGCAUUAUGAUUCUAUUGCUGAAAAACAGAAAGAUCUUGAUAUGAAAAUUCAAAAAGAGUUAGCCUUACAAGAGGAGAAGUUAAGACUAGAAGAAGAAGCUUCAUACGCUGCCCAGCGUGAAGCAGCCAGGGCAGCCAUGCAGCGAAGGCGCGAGGAGCAGGGAAGGCCGAGCGCCGGGCCUGGAUGCCGCCCCCCCGCCGGUGCCGCGUAUGCAAGUUCCGGACCAGAAGACGACUUUGAAUCUUGUUUGAGAAAUAUAAAGUCACAAUAUGAAGUUUUUCGAGGCAGUAGACUCUCGUCCGACGCCACCGUUCUGACUCCAAACACAGAAAGCAGUUGUGACUUAAUGACCAAAACGAAAUCGACCAGUGGGAACGAUGACAGCACGUCCAUAGAUCUGGAGUGGGAAGAUGAGGAAGGAAUGAAUCGAAUGCUUCCGGUGAGGGAGCGUUCUAAGACGGAGGAAGACAUCCUCCGGGCGGCGCUCCGGGGUCGGGGCCGGACUCCGGGAAGUCAUGCUGCGUCAGCCUCUGAUGACUCCAACGGGCUGGAGUGGGAGAGCGACUUCGUGGGCGCCGAUGUGGACGACAACGGCAAUUCCGAAUACUCUGGCUUUGUGAACCCUGUCCUAGAACUGUCCGACUCCAUCGCAAAGCAGCCCCGUGCAGAUCAGCAGAAGCGAGAAGGUGAAGUCCUGUGACCUUGCUCAGGGGUCGGGCCCAGUGUCGAAGGCCCGGCCGGCCGUUCCAGGGAGGCAAGGACUGCGUCGGAGCGCUUCAGAAUUAAGUGCAAUUCAUCACCUGCCUUCUGUUGUCCGAGAACAAGUGAAUGGUUCUGUCAUGUUAGCAUUUGUUUUAACUUCUUUGUAGGAUUCUUGUUUAAUAUUUGUAGAUUUUCAUUUUUAAAGUAGCUUUAAUAGUUUGGCUUAGUGUGUUUUCGUAAGCUUAUUUCAGUAGCUAUGAAAACGUUGAGGCAUUUUGUGUUAAUGCUCAGCAGACAUGAGAGAGCAUGAGGAUGGACUGUCAGAGAAUAGUGGGUUUUUUCCAACAUUAUGUAUUCCUACCACUGAUUUAAAUUUGAUUGUCUCGUAGUAACCACAGUUAAUUUUAGUAGCUGACCUUAAAGAAAUGCUCAAGUAUCAUUUCUUUCUAUACUUACUGUGCAUCCAAGUAUGAGAACAUUGAUUUAGUCUGAAACAAAGGGUCUGAUAUGAAAAAUAAGCUCUCAGAGUUUGGACUGUUGAAGUUGGUAAUCAAAAGUAACACUGAAGAAAAUAAAUAGGCUUAGGUUUCUCACUUCCUUUUACAGGCACUAUAAAUGAAUACUGACUUUAAGUUUGUUGAGAUAUUACAUUUCUAGGUGUCAUUUUUUAAAAUUUUGUAUUUUCAAUGAUUGGUCUUAGAAAGAUUUUACACAGAACAUAUUCUUUGUGCAUGGUUUGGUAAGAAAGGAAACCUUAAAAGGUAAUACGGGUAUUUCAAAGUAAAUAAAAUCCUUUCUGGUGUGAAAGGAUCUGUUGAUUUUUAUUGUUUUCCUUUGCCUUGUAAUACAAGGCACAUUAAUGGGGUAGAACUAAGUAUAUAAAUUAUGUAACUACUUUUUGUGAUAUACAACAAACUCUUCUCUGAAGUUUAGGUAUCAAUUUAAAAGGCCAAGGACAUAAGACACUCCCUAAUUGCUUGUCUUGAUUUUUUUGAGGAUUGAUGUGAUUUCAGGAAGCAGAUUCUCAAUUUUUGCCUUUGUGUUCCUUUUUCUUGCAAUAGUGGCUGCGCAUGUCCCCAGUGGUGUAGAAGGGUCAGGUGUACAUAGUGACUUACAGUCCUGGCUGAACUCAAGAAAAACCACGUGGUCCUUUCCACAGCUGAACUGCUAGGCAGUGACACCUAUAGUUUCAUCUCUUUUUAGCUCAUAGAAAUAAAUGACACUUCAAAUAUGAAGACAUUUUAGAUAAUGCUAUCGUUUAUGUCUGUCUUAAACUUUCAGUUGUUACUAUGUCAUGGGAAAUAUUUUCAAGGUAAUUUGUAUUCCCAAUGCCUGUGCUAUGCUUUUUAAAGUUUGUAUACAUCAGAUGUAUAUUUUUGGUUUGCCAUAAGCUACUAUUGUAAUUUUUUUGGCAUUUUGUUCAUAAAGAAUUUUUUGAAGGAAUGGUAACUUCUCAAGGGUUGUGAAUAAACA